UAAAAAAAAAAAAAAAAAAGCUGUGAAUUUGUUUGGAGAAAUCGUCAGAGCUAACUGUAUAUUCCCGUUCAGAUCCUAUGGAGAGAGGUGGUUAUCGAGGAGGUCGUGGUGAUGGCCGUGGCAGAGGCGGCGGCGGAGGUCGUGGUGAUGGUGGCGGUGGUGGCCGUGGAGGAGGAGAUCGUGGUCGCGGUUAUGGCGGCGGAGAUCGCGGUCGUGGUCGCGGUGAACAGCGAGGUGGUGGAAAUCGUGGUCAAGGUCGUGGUGAACAGCAGGAUUUUAGAGGCCAGAGUCAGUGGGGACCUCCGUCUGGUCACGGUGGUCGUGGUACUCAGUUCCAGCAACAACCUCGGCCACAGGCGGCUCAAGUGACACAAGUGGUUCCGCAACCGUCUCAGGCUCAGGUGAGUCAUGCUGGAGUCGCUGGUAGGGGAGCUUGGGGUCGUAAGCCACAGGUUUCUUCUGAUUUGGCUUCUCCGUCUACCUCCGUCGUGGUUUCUGAACCCUCUCGUGUUGCUGAAGUUACGAAUCCAAGGCCAUGUGUUCAAGUUGCGUCUACUGGUAGGAAAGAACCAAUGAAGCGACCUGAUAGAGGCGGUGUUGUGGCUGUGCGACGGGUUAAUCUAUAUGUCAAUCAUUUUAGAGUCCAUUUCGAUCCGGAAAGUGUCAUAAGACAUUACGAUGUUGAAGUCAAAGGAGAGAAUCCUACCAAGAAGAUAUCUAGAUUUGAGCUAGCUAUGGUCAGGGAUAAGGUGUUCACUGACAAUCCCGGCAAGUUUCCCUUUGCUAUGACUGCUUAUGAUGGUCAGAAGAACAUUUUCAGCGCGGCUGAACUGCCUACGGGUUCAUUCAAGGUGGAGUUCCCUAAAACUGAUGAGUCGAGAGCUCGGAGCUAUACUUUCACCAUCAAACAGGUGAAUGAGUUGAAGUUAAGGGACUUGAAAGAGUACAUGACAGGGAGUACGUCUGCCAAUCCGCGUGAUGUGUUGCAAGGAAUGGAUGUUGUGAUGAAGGAGCAUCCUUCAAAGUGUAUGAUUACUGUUGGUAAAAGCUUUUUCACUCGUGAAACUGCGCCAGAUGAAGACUUGGGCUUCGGGGUUGCUGCUGCGAAAGGGUAUCGCCACACUCUGAAGCCCACGCAACAAGGUUUGUCAUUGUGCUUGGACUACUCCGUGUUGGCGUUCCGCAAAGCAAUGUCGGUCAUCGAAUACCUGAAGUUGUAUUUUAAUUGGUCUGAUAUGCGUCAGUUUAGGAAUUGUAGGCGUGAUGUGGAAAGAGAAUUGACUGGUUUGAAAGUCAUUGUCAAUCAUCGAAAGAAUAAGCAGAAACUCACCAUUGUCGGGCUGAGUUUGCAAGAUACUAAAGACAUCAAAUUUGAUCUUAUUGAUCAAGAGGGAAACGAGCCACCAAGAAAAAUAUCCAUUGUUGACUACUUCAGGAUAAAGUAUGGAAGAGACAUUGUUCACAAAGAUAUUCCUUGCUUGGAUUUGGGAAAAAAUGGUCGGCAAAAUUUAGUCCCCAUGGAGUUCUGCGACUUGGUGGAGGGACAGAUUUAUCCAAAGGAUGACUUAGAUAAAAAUUCAGCGUUGUGGUUAAAGAAGUUGUCACUAGUCAAUCCGCAACAAAGGCAGAAAAAUAUAGAUCAGAUGAUAAAGUCUCGUAAUGGACCGAGCGGUGGAGAAAUCAUUAGAAACUUCGGAUUGAAAGUGGAUACAAACAUGACACAUGUGGAAGCUCGUGUACUGAAGGCUCCAACAUUGAAGUUGGCAGAGAGAGGGAAAGCUGUGCGUGAGGAACCCAACCUGAGACAGAACAAUCAAUGGAACCUUAUGAAGAAGGGAGUCACAAGGGGAUCCAUAGUCAAGCAUUGGGCUGUACUUGACUUCACUGCAUAUGAGAGAUAUAACAAGAUGCCUAAUGACUUUGUGGAUAACCUAAUCGAUCGUUGUUGGAGACUUGGGAUGCAGAUGGAGCCUCCUAUCGUUUACAAAACAUCGAGAAUGGAUACGCUUUCUAAUGGUAAUGCUCUUGAGGAAUUGCUUCAGUCUGUAAUUGCAGAGGCUUCUCACAAGCAUAGUGGAGCUCGUCCAACUCUUGUUUUGUGUGCUAUGUCUGGGAGGGUUGAUGGCUAUAAGACUCUGAAAUGGAUAGCAGAAACCAAACUUGGUUUAGUGACUCAGUGUUUCUUGACUGGUUCUGCCACUAAAGGAGGUGAUCAGUACCGGGCGAAUCUUGCCCUCAAGAUGAACGCAAAGGUUGGUGGAAGCAAUGUCGAACUGAUGGAUACUACUUUCUCUUUCUUUCAAAAAGAGGAUGAGGUCAUGUUCAUUGGUGCCGAUGUCAAUCAUCCCGCUGCUCGAGACAAGAUGAGCCCUUCUAUUGUUGCCGUUGUGGGUACUCUAAACUGGCCUGCAGCUAACCGUUAUGCAGCUAGAGUCAUUGCUCAGCCUCACCGUAAAGAGGAGAUACAAGGAUUUGGUGAUGCUUGCUUGGAGCUUGUCAAAGCUCAUGUUAAGGCCACUGGGAAACGACCUAACAAGAUUGUGAUAUUCCGUGAUGGUGUCAGCGAUGCUCAGUUUGAUAUGGUUCUCAAUGUGGAGUUGCUUGAUGUUAAGUUGACUUUUGAGAAGGCUGGUUACAAUCCAAAGAUAACGGUAAUCGUAGCACAGAAACGUCAUCAAACCCGUUUCUUCCCCGCCACAAGCAAUGAUGGAAGUGAUAAGGGCAAUGUGCCUUCAGGUACGGUCCUUGAUACUAAAGUCAUUCACCCGUAUGAGUAUGAUUUCUACCUCUGCAGUCACCACGGAGGGAUCGGGACAAGCAAACCAACUCAUUACUACACUCUCUGGGAUGAACUUGGAUUCACUUCAGACCAGGUUCAGAAGCUCAUCUUUGAGAUGUGCUUCACUUUCACUCGCUGCACCAAACCUGUCUCUCUAGUUCCUCCUGUUUAUUAUGCUGACAUGGUUGCCUACAGAGGAAGGAUGUACCAUGAGGCAAGCUCUCGUGAGAAGAAUGUUAGGCAGCCGCGGGGAGCGUCUACCUCUGCUGCUUCGCUUGCCUCUUCACUCUCAUCUCUUACAAUCGAGGACAAAGCGAUUUUCAAGCUGCACGCAGAGCUUGAGAACGUUAUGUUCUUCGUCUGAAGAAGAGAGUGAGUUUUUUUGGUGUUUUGGGUCUCAAGCUGAACUUAAUACUAGAUAUUCGAAAUCGGAACGCCCCAGUAACGCAAUUUUACUCCUUUUAUUCUGGAUAGAAAGGAGUUUGUGCGUGAAUCUAAUUGGGUUUUUCGCAGUGUGAUUAUUUCUUUUUGGUUGCUGUGUUGGAAUGAAUCUGUGUAUUUGGUAUUUGUAAUGCUCUUUAGAACAGAAACCACGCCUUUGUUUUUUUCGGGUACUAUUAUUGUAAUUUCAGACUCUGGAUUUUCAUAUUUUGCUUGCGUUUAGCAAAUUCGUUUAUGAGUUUUGUUAAAGCUGUGGUAACAUGAAUAUGUUCA